CACUGUCCUUUUUUCUCUUAUUUUGGGUUUCAACAUUAGUCCCUCACUAUUUCUCUUCCCACCUCAUUGCGGUUUACAUUGUUGUCCCCCAUGCGUUCUUCUUCUCCUCCUCCUUCCCUACUUCACUGAUUGAAACGAAGAGGCAGAGUUGAAGUAACAGUCUCCAAUGGAGUCUCUCCUCCUCCGUCCAUCUUUCUUUCAAUCCUCAUCAUUUCAGCCAUCUGGUGGAAGGAGUUGGAGGAACGACACUCUCAAAGCAGGCUCUUCCAGAAGAGCACUUUUGGAAGGUUCCACCUCCACGGCACGGGCCAAAGUAGAAGGUUGUAGUUUGUUGAGGUUUCAGCGAGGACGCAGCAGGCAUCGAGUGAAAGCUAUCAAGGAAAGAUCUUUCAGUCAACCGAGAAGUCAUACAAAGUCAUUAUAUGUCAAUGCCACCUCUGGUUCACAGCCACUGGAAUCCGAGCCUGGAGCUUAUGGUGGCUCCAAGGGUGUUUUAGAUUCAGUUAAGAAUGCACUUGAUGCUUUCUACAGAUUCUCACGGCCUCACACAGUUGUUGGGACGGCUUUGAGCAUUGUCUCGGUUUCCUUACUCUCGGUUGAGAAGCUUGCUGAUAUAUCUCCACUAUUUUUCACUGGGAUGCUGGAGGCAGUAGCUGCUGCUCUCAUGAUGAACAUUUAUAUCGUCGGCCUAAAUCAGCUGACUGACAUUGAGAUAGACAAGGUCAACAAACCAUACCUUCCAUUGGCAUCGGGGGAGUUUUCUGUGGGCACUGGUGUCUUGAUCGUUACAUCUUUCUCCAUCAUGAGUUUUUGGCUUGGAUGGGUUAUUAAGUCAUGGCCAUUGUUCUGGGCUCUUUCCAUCAGUUUUGUCCUUGGCACAGCCUAUUCAAUCAAUCUGCCAUUACUGAGAUGGAAGAGGUUUGCAUUUGUUGCAGCAUUGUGCAUACUGGCUGUUCGUGCGGUGAUUGUUCAAAUUUGCUUUUAUCUGCAUAUGCAGAUGCAUGUGUUCGGAAGAAGUGCCAUAUUUUCAAGACCAUUAAUUUUCGCGACUGCAUUCAUGAGCUUCUUCUCCGUCGUUAUAGCAUUGUUCAAGGAUAUACCCGAUAUGGAGGGAGAUAAGAUAUUCGGCAUUAGAUCUUUCACAGUGCAAUUGGGCCAAAAACGGGUGUUCUGGACAUGCAUUGCCCUACUCGAAAUUGCUUAUGGCAUCGCGAUGUUCGUUGGAGCAGCAUCGCCCUACAUGUGGAGCAAAGGCAUUACGGUGAUCGGCCAUGCCAUCUUAGCCUUAUUACUCUGGAACCGGGCAAAAUCUGUCGAUCUGACCAGCAAAACAGCAAUAGCUUCCUGCUACAUGUUUGUGUGGAAGCUGUUUUAUGCUGAAUAUUUGCUCAUACCCCUCGUGAGAUAGUAGUUAAGAUGGCGAAUGAUCGGAACGAGAAGCUGGCAUCAAGUGAUUUGGCUGCUUUGAAGCUUCUUCUGGUGUAGGGCAAUUGAGUAGAAGCACUUUUAUAACUAUCUGGAACGAAUGAUCGCCAUUCCCACGACGAUGCUUGGACGACAAUAGGAUUUAGAAUGGUUACUGGGUAACUUGGGCAUGUAGAUCCCCCAUUCUUGACCUCUGGUUCAAACUUCAAACUUUAAACAUACUGGUUUGACAGUAAGUUAGUUAAGUGCUAUUGAUUCUCAUUCUGCAUGACUUAAUUCUAUCUAUCAAGGGUAAAGUCUCUUACUUUUGAUAUGGGACUUCCUGGUUACCAAGUUCCUCUGCUGCCCGGCCGCCGCCGUCAGAACGGCCUCGACUGCCGCCACCCAUAACCGCCAUGACAGAGGGGAAAUUCUAGAAGUGCCAGGAAGUCGAAGUUUUUCCGAUCAAAUAAGGGAAAGAGCUCCGGUGGAUCAUUGAAGAUUCAAAUCAACAAUUUAAUGUUGGUCGGGGAAGGAAGGAGAAGGAUUUCUCUUCUGAUUCCUGACUCCUUGUUUGUAAUAAAGGGAAGGAGCAGAUAACCGGGGAAUUUAUGGCUGCAGAAGGAAGGGACGGCCUGGGAACUCCGGCGACGGUCUGAGAGAUGGAAGAAAAUCCCUUAACCGCCGACCAACAUCACGUACAGCCGACGCCGCUCGCACCAGGAGGAAGAGGAGGAUGCCAGAGGGAUUCCGGCGCCAGAACGAGCCUCAGAUCAGCGGAAACAAGCGCGAAAACUGGGAAAUACGGGAGGCCGAAACGGCGAAACGCGAAACGUUUCGAGUUCUCAAAACCAAAAUCGAAACGCGAGAAAUUGACGAUAAAUUGACGAUAACUUGAAAUAGCCGAUAUAUCACGAUAUUUCGAUAUAUCGCGAUAUUUAGUCUAUAUAUCGCGAUAUUUAGUCGAUAUAUUGACUUUUAUGCGAUAUAUUGACUCUGUGCUGACCGGUGAACGGACACCGGCAAAAGCAGGGGGGGAAAUGACCUGGAAAACAGGAAAAAUUAAGCAGAGCUCACUCCUGCUGACUGAACGAAGGCAAAUGAAGAAUUUCCAAGGGGAGAUACGAGUAGAUUCGAGUAGUUUAGUUGGGAAAGAAAGGAGAGGAACAUUUGCGGCUAUGUAUGAACAAGGAACAAUCAGAAGACUCUGUUUUCUCUUCCCAGCCAUACCGGACGACGGCCGGUGACGGAGUGGGGAAUCAGUUCGAACUUCGAACCCGGUGGGUUAGCUAGGUACCCACUAUUCAUCAUCAGGUCAUGAACAUACUGUCGGUUGGUCGGUCGGCGAAGGAGGAGGAGGCACGAAUUCCCCUUCUCUCUCUGUUCUUCGUCACUCUGUUUUUACAGCUAUGGUGAUCAUCCGGCCGGCAGGAAUCAAUCAGUCUUUUUUCUUGUCCCAAUCUUGAGACCAGGUAGUGUAUAAUGUAUAUACCCCUUUGUUUUAUAAAUUAUAAUUGUAAAGGCGGGAAUGGUGAUCGUAUAUAGGACGAUUUCUCCCUUGGUUCCUUCGGUAAAAUUGGAGUUUUGCAACUACUGAACAUCAUAAAUUGAAGUCGAAAAUCUCUCAUCCAAGAAAGAUAUUUGGAUCCUUUAAAUCAAGACAAAAUUACAAGGUAUAGAGUUUGAGGAGGGAGCAAAUGCAAUGUUGUUUCUGACAUUACAAGGUUGACUAAACACUCGUGCAAGAGUUAAUGGAAUUAGUCCAAGGGCAGGGGAAGCAAAUAAGCAAUGAAAGUGCCUUCAUAAGAAAUGAAAAAAACGAUGUAAGCGCAUGGUGCUAUCUAUGGACUGAUUUUUUAAUUGGGAUGAUCUCUUAAUUGUACCAAAUUCUUUGAAUGAAAUAAUUGUUAUGCA